CGCACGCGCGGUGCUUCUCGGCGGGUAGAGGGGUUGAGGCGCUCUUUUGUUUGGCGGAGGAGGACCGAGCGCGGGAGGCCCGCCGACCAACCGUUUCUCGCUCUUUUCCUCACCGCACCUCCAAUUUCCUUUUUUUUUUUACUUUUUACUCGCCUCGCGCCUUGUCGCUCCGCGCCGCUGUUUGGGUUUCUUUUUUUAAUUUUUUCAUCAUAUCCCCCUUUUUCGCUCGUGCGUUGGUGGUGAGGCUGAACCAGCCUCCUUUAAAGCUGCAAAACUGGCGAGCACAAUGGGAAAAAAGCAGAACAAGAAGAAAGUGGAAGAAGUCGUAGAAGAAGAGGAGGAAGAAUAUGUGGUGGAGAAGGUCCUCGACAGGCGGGUGGUGAAAGGAAAAGUCGAGUACCUCCUUAAGUGGAAGGGCUUCUCAGAUGAAGAUAACACGUGGGAGCCGGAGGAGAACCUCGACUGCCCCGACCUCAUUGCAGAGUUCCUGCAGUCCCAGAAAACAGCACAUGAGAGUGACAAGUCGGAAGGAGGCAAGCGCAAGGCAGAGUCAGACUCUGAUGACAGAGGGGAGGAGAGUAGACCAAAGAAAAAGAAAGAGGAGGCUGAGAAGCCUCGAGGCUUUGCAAGAGGUUUUGAGCCAGAGCGGAUUAUUGGUGCCACAGAUUCUAGCGGAGAGCUAAUGUUUCUGAUGAAAUGGAAGAACUCCGAUGAAGCCGACCUGGUCCCUGCCAAGGAAGCGAACGUCAAGUGCCCACAGGUGGUCAUUUCGUUCUACGAGGAGAGGCUGACAUGGCACUCCUACCCCUCAGAGGACGAUGACAAGAAGGAGGACAAGAACUAGCCUUCCUUCCCCUCCACCCCCGUCCCUCUUUUGGCCAAUUUUUGUAUUAGAACAUCAAGACUGUGGGUUUGGGCAGGAAGCAAAGAUGGUCUUGGCUGAGGGGGGAAGGUGCCCUCUGUAGAAAACAGGACAAUUUUUCAUGCCCUCGCGCAGUGUGGCAUGGCAGCGUGCGACUCUUUCCUUCCUUCCUCCCUCAUGCCUGCGUGGGGAAGGAGGGGAGGACGGGGCGAGUCCUUCCCAGCUGUUACCUGCUUGAGGUAACGAAGCAAAAACAAAAACCAGCCCCGUGCAGGACAAAGCCUGGGGCCUGGACAAGCUGCCACAAGGGGCAGCAGGUGGGGGGCUGCUUGUUCUCCGAGGACCAUCUCAGUGACCAGCAGCCUUUCUUCCCAAUAGUGUUAACUGCAUUUUUACGGUUUAGCAUGUGUGUAGGCGUUCUUUCUCUUUUUUGCUAUUAUUGGUGUAUCAUUGGGGGAGGGGGGUGGAGGGUACUGAUUACUUUGGAGUGGGAGUGGAGCUAUUCAAGCUCUGCAUCCAAACAUGUAGUUCUUGCAAAGGACACCUCAUACUGCAAAGAAAAGUGUGUGUGUGUGGGGGGGGGGGGGUUGAGGGAUCUUGUCUUAAAAGCUGAAAAGGCAGCAGCCAUUAAUUAAGCUACCAAAAUUGUCACAUUACUUCCAAAAUGAAUGAAAAACGGUCCUUUAAUACUUAUGUUUUCCCUCCCCCUUGUAUUGAGGGCACUGCUGUUGAAAGCAACCUAAUGAACGUAUAGUAUUACUAAUUCUGCAUCAUUACUUUAUGCUAUGAAUAAAUUCUGGGGUGCUGCGCCGUUUGUUUUGGUUCUCCCUCCCCCUGGUAUAUAUGUGAAUUUCUAACUUUCUUUUAAGAUCUAGGUAUUUUAAGGAAGGAAAUAUGGAUGAAAUCUACCCCUCUACAGCACAACGUAGAUUUCAAACCAUUCUGUAAAAAUUAUUUUCUGUUCAGACUUGGGGCAUGAGUAGCUGCUUUUCUUGCCUUGGUCCUCUGCUAUUUCAUUUUUAAUUAAGCAAGUUUUUGUUUUUACAAAUUUUACCUCUGAAAUUUGCCCCACAUCCCAGUAAACCACCAGUUUCUCCUUUGCGGGGUGGUAUGUAGGUAGAAAUGUAUUGUAUAAACCUUUUUUAAAAUUAAGCAUGUGUUUUAGGUUUAUGUGAAAAUGUUGUCUAAAACAUAAGUGUUUGGAUUUUAACUUCAUACUGAACUGUCUUUUUGUCUCAAUAAAACUUUAGAUUUAUAA